AUGUAUGCAAUGCGUCGAUUUAUUCAAAGUCACCAUGAUAAUGGCCUAUCACCUCAUUAUUAUGACUAUAGGGAAUAUCGUGUUUUACCGUUACUAUCAGCUCUUGAACCUGUUAAAUCAAACAUCAAUCAUCUCGAUCAUCGAGUAAAUUAUUUAAAACAUCUUUGGAAUCACUCUUCGACCUUUGGUCUCACUCAAGAUGAAUCGGCCGCAAUAUUCAUCUAUGCAUAUGAAUAUUCGGAAUCACCUUUACAUAGCCAACUAAAUCUAGCACUAAGAUCAGAAAAUAGCUCAAUGCUAGCACCUUGGUUUCUUUAUCUCAAAUUACUUAACACUGCUUUGCAAAAAUUGCCUACUAUAAAUGGAGAAGUGUGGCGUGGGAUGUCUAUUGAUAUAGCUAAUCGAUUGACAGAAAAUGAAGAAAUUAUUUGGGGCUGUGUAAGCUCAUGUUCAUUAUCGAAAGAUAUAAUCAAUAGAUAUAUUAAUCAAAACACAGUACUUUGUUCAAUUAAAGUGCUCAACGGCAAGGAUAUUUGUAAUUAUACCUUAUUUAGAUCAGAUUGUGAAGUCCUAUUGCUUCCGGGCACUCGUUUACUAGUUAAAAGAAUCAGCUUUGAUGCAUAUACCCGUAAACGUGUUAUACAUUUGGUAGAGCUACCUGAUAAAAAUGACACAAGACCGGUAUCUAUUCAUAAUUCCAUAUCUGCAAGAAACAAACCACCGGCAAGCCCUUCAGAUAUAGAUCGUUCCCAAAAAGAUAAAGAGUAUUCGAUCACUACAUUCUCGAAUGGCGAUAUUUAUGAAGUAACAUAUAAGAAUGGCGAGAAACUUGGUUAUGGUACAUUUUAUCCUAAAAAUGGAUAUGCUUACAAAGGCUACGAUGCAUCUACGAGAGCAAACGGAACCGGAUCUCGUAUUAGAUCUAAUGGUGAUCGUUGUGACGGUAAUUUUACGGAUGGUAAGAUGACGGGAUAUGGAAGUCUAUCUCGUGCCGAUGGAUACACAUAUGUGGGUCACUGGACUUGUGAUAAACCUAAUGGAAAUGGAAAUAGCACUUGGGCAAAUGGAAAUCAUUACGAAGGAUCGCAUGAAUACGGCAAAAUUCACGGAAAGGGGAAGUUUAGCUCCGCGAAUGGAGACACGUAUGAAGGUGAUUUAGUUGAUGGGAAGGCCCAUGGGCAAGGUGUACGCAUUUGGGCAGAUGGUGAUCAAUAUAAAGGAGAAUUCAUAGAUGAUAAAAAACAUGGCCGUGGUAGGUACAAUUAUGGAAAUGGUGGUAAAUACAAUGGAGAUUGGGCUAAUGAUAAAAUGAAUGGUUAUGGAGUCCUUCGAUGGCCUAGUAAAACUGUAUAUGAAGGAUCAUUCAAAAAUGGAAAACGACAUGGCGUAGGCAAGUUAAUCUUCGCGAAUGGUAAAGUUCAAAAUGCAUUACAAAGCCGAAAUAAGGAGACAUUGAAACCUUGGCGAGGUUUCUUUCGAUUGCUCUAUGCAGCAUUCACCAAAUUACCCACUGUAAAUCAAACGAUUUGGCGAGGUUUACUUAUUGAUGUAGCGGCGAAACUAGAAGAAAAUCAAGAAUUAGUAUUGUGCUGUAUCACCUCGUGUUCAUUGUCAGCUGAUAUUAUGGUGCACUUCUUCAGUGAAAAUUCAGUUCUUUGCUCAAUCAAGCCACCGCAUAGCAAAGAUCUUCAAUUUUAUGCGUUUAAAACAGCCGACAAGGAAGUAGUGUUACUUCCAGGUACACAUUUACGUGUGAAAAGCAAGAAAUCGAAGAAUAAAAAAAAUGAGCCCAAAAUAAUUUUCGAAGAAAUCAGUCAAGUUAUUUACGAUGAAGAAAUAGACCAUGACAGUAAAGAAGGACUCGACAAAAAUCAAUACAGUAACCUUCAAAACUUAGGUGAAUACUUUACCUAA